AUUGGAAUGUGUCAAGAGAAAGAAUUUGGGGCUGCUCAUCUGCUCCGAACGAAAAAUGCGCAAAACAGAAAAAUAUUAGCAACGGAACCAUCUUCCAAAUGAUUGUGUUAUUGAUAAGAGACAUAUAACACCUAAAGUUGAGAUGAACUACGCAAGAUUCCUCAAUGCCACUAGCUUGGCAAGGAAACCCUCUCCCAUCAGAGUCCUCACUGAGCUGUUAUCCAGAAGUCCACCUAGCAUGAUCUCCCUUGCAGGAGGGAUGCCUAACCCAGAACUAUUUCCCUUCCAAGAAGCAGAUAUAAAAUUAAGAGAUGGGAGCACAUUGAAGAUAGAUUCUAGUACAAUGAAAACAGCACUUCAGUAUGGACCUACUCAAGGGAAUGCAGAAUUGAUCACUUGGAUGAAAAAAUUACAGUCACAUUUACACAACCCGCCUACCUUAAACGAUGACCAGGAUGCUGACUCUAAAAUGAACAUCUGUGUAACUGUAGGGAGUCAAGAUGGGAUAUGUAAGGUGUUUGAGAUGCUUGUCAACCCUGGAGACAAUGUUUUGUUGGACAACCCAACUUAUGCUGGCACCCUUGCAAUACUUAGGCCUUUAGGGGUUAAUCUAUUAGGGGUUAACACGGACCAGUACGGCAUGCAGCCAAAGAGUUUACGUAAAAUAUUAAGCAGGUGGAGCCCAGAUGAAAAGUUUGACAAAAAUUCUGAUAUCCCCAAAAUUAUCUACACAAUACCAAAUGGAGUAAAUCCCACUGGAGCUUCCUUAACAACUGAACGAAAGCAGGAAAUAUAUCAAAUUGCUCAAGAUUACGGCCUCUUAGUAUUGGAAGAUGACCCCUACUACUUCCUACAGUUUUCUAAGACAAAGUCCCCUUCAUUCCUCUCUAUGGAUGUUGAUGGUCGAGUGUUGCGAUUUGACUCUUUCUCUAAAAUUCUCUCCUCUGGGCUAAGACUUGGCAUGGUAUCUGGUCCUAGUGUAUUAACAAACAAGCUCUCGCUCCACAUGAUGGCUUCAGUACUGCAUUGUUCCAGUUUCUCACAGAUUAUGGUAUUGGAGCUCCUCAAAAGAUGGCAGAUAGAAGGAUUUCUACAACAUACUGAAAAGGUUACUGCAUUUUACAAAGAACAAAAAGACUGCCUCAUUGCAGCUGCCAAUAAACAUUUAAAAGGUUUAGCUGAGUGGCAUGAGCCUGUAGCUGGGAUGUUCCUAUGGCUGAAGCUACUCGGCAUAAAGGACACCAAAACGCUGAUCGAAGAGAAGGCACUUGCUAAAGAGGUGAUGCUAGUACCAGGCUUUGCGUUCCAAACAGACGAGUCAGUACCAUGUAACUAUGUACGCGCAGCAUUUUCCUUAGCAACACCAGAGCAAAUGGACACAGCAAUGGAAAGAUUGGCUGAGUUGAUACGAGAGGAACAGCACAAUAGCCCAUCAUAAAGAACAGCACAAUAUACCAUCAUAAAGAACAGCACAAUAGACCAUAGUGAAGAACAGCACA